AACUAUUGCUUGUGGCAAUUACCAUCUCUAACACCGGCAUAAACAAGCAAAAAGCAAGUUAAAUAUUUACUAAAAAUGUCGAACUUUGUGAAUUUGGACAUCUUUUCGAAUUAUCAGAAGUACAUCGACAAUGAGCAGGAGCUCAGGGAGAACAUUCGCAUUGUGGUGCGCGAAAUCGAACAUUUGGCUAAGGAAGCGCAGAUUAAACUGCAGAUAAUACAUAGUGAUUUGAGUCAGAUAAGUGGCGCCUGUGGUUUGGCCCGCAAACAGAUCGAAGCCUGCGCUGAAAAGUACCAGAAAUUGGCCGGCUUGGUGCCAGCUGGCCAGUACUACAGAUACUCCGAUCAUUGGACCUACAUCACACAGCGUUUGAUCUUUCUCAUUGCCUUGGUUAUUUACCUGGAGGCGGGUUUUUUGGUCACCCGCGAAACUGUGGCCGAAAUGUUGGGUCUAAAGACCAGCCAGGCCGAAGGCUUCCAUCUUGAUGUAGAGGAUUAUUUGCUGGGCAUCCUUCAGUUGGCCUCGGAACUCUCCCGAUUUGCCACCAAUUCUGUCACCAUGGGCGACUAUGAACGUCCUCUAAAUAUCUCUCAUUUCAUUGGUGACCUGAACACGGGCUUCCGCCUAUUGAAUCUAAAGAACGAUGGUUUGAGGAAGCGCUUUGAUGCCUUAAAGUAUGAUGUCAAGAAGAUCGAGGAGGUUGUCUACGACGUCAGCAUUCGCGGCCUGUCCACCAAGGAGAAGGAUCAGCAGGAGGAGCAGGCUGCUCCUGUACCCGAAUAGUGGAUGUUGUAUUUAGACUAAGACACUGUUUACUUGAGACCUUAGUUAAGUUUCAAGAAGUUCCAUUUAAAGAAGCAUUUUAUAUUUGGUAAAUAUAUAUCUCAUAACUUGAAUAGAAAA